GUUUGAAGAAUGAGCCAUUAAAAGGAAAGGUCAAAGAGUAAACAACAAGAAGAGGAAGAGGAGGAUUUCAAAGCUGGGAAGGAUGAGUUCUUGCAGCAACGUUUGUGGGUCCAAGCAGGCACAGGCUGCUACCGAGGGCGGGUACCAGCGCUAUGGAGUCCGGUCCUACCUGCACCAGUUUUAUGAGGACUGUACCACCUCGAUCUGGGAGUAUGAGGAUGAUUUCCAGAUCCAGAGAUCACCUAACAGGUGGAGCUCAGUAUUCUGGAAGGUUGGACUCAUCUUGGGCACAGUCUUCGUGAUUCUCGGAUUGACUAUCCUGGCAGUGGGCUUUCUUGUGCCCCCCAAAAUCGAAGCCUUUGGUGAGGCCAAUUUCGUGAUGGUGGACACACACGCUGUCCAGUUUAAUGGAGCCCUUGACAUGUGCAAGCUGGCGGGCGCCGUGCUCUUCUGCAUCGGGGGCACGUCCAUGGCAGGGUGCCUGCUGAUGUCAGUGUUCGCAAAAAGCUACUCCAAAGAAGAGAAAUUCCUUCAGCAAAAGUUUAAAGAGCGAAUCGCAGACAUCAAGGCCCACACCCAGCCCAUUACAAGAGCUCCAGGCCCGGGAGAAACAAAGAUACCAGUCACUUUGUCCAGGGUUCAAAAUGUCCAGCCCAUAGCGGCAACCUGAAACAUUUUCCAGCCCGGUCCUCCCCUCUGUAAUUUAUGCCCAGUGUUACAAGGGAGCAGACCAGUUUGGGAAAUGAUAUAGAUUUGGUGUUGACCUGCCCCAAGGCUGUGCUGGGCUGUGGGCAGUGUGGUGUGUGAGCUCACACUCAUUCCAUUCAGUGGCCCUGGGAACCGUUGAUGCCAUGGGUCAGCCUGGGCACAUGCACCCGGCUGCUUAAAAGGUGUUGCUGGGUGCCCACCAGGAACUCUCUGGAACUCCCCUCUCAUAUAGUGUGACUCUGUGUCAUUUUCUGUGUUCUUGGAAAGCGCUGAACAGUUUAGACGAGCCUACCAAUGGCUGACGUGGUCCAUUUUACUUUCUAGUAUUGGUUUUUCUAAUCUUUCCUGUGUGGUGCUGCCUUCCAUUCCUUGUCUCACUACAUGUAAGAUAUUGUCCUGUGUUCACAGAAAAAUCAAGUUCCCUGAUUUUGACCCAAACUUUGGUCUUUUAACUCUAACUUAACAUGAGGUUCUUGAAAUCAGACACAAACGUAUCAGAAUUCUCCAUAAGUCUUUUGCUGUUUUCUGUAGUGUUUUCCCACUUAAAGAGCUCAAAUUGCCAACUUUAGAAUCUUGGGAAAUAAAUUAAUAUUAGGAGAAUCUAUUUAUGCAGUGUACAAAAGCACUGAAUUAGAAGCCAAGAAAUUUGAGUUCCUAUUACUAACUAGCUGUGUGAUCUUGGGGAAAGCAUUUAACCUCCCAGGCCUCAGUUUCCCCACCUGUAGAACAGGCAUCCUGGUCUGUGAUGUCUGAGAUUCCGUUUUUGCCGUGCAUCAUUGUGUGUCCACGACGAGGGAUGUUUACAGUGUUCUUGUGGCUCUCACCACAGUGGGAUUCUUCCAGACCUGGACUCCCAGAAAGUCACCAAAUCAGCAGCCUCGAUGCCACCUACUUCUAAAUAUCCAACUCCAGCAGUUUAUACAAUGCAGUCAUAUUUUUAUAAAAACAAAAGUAAGCCAUCCUCCAAUAAGAAACCCCUGAGUAGAUAUUAACCUUAAAGAGGGUUUUCUUUCUCAGAGAAGACAUUUUCUUCUCCAGUAAAAUGUUCAUCUCAUCCCUUUACACUUUUAUUUAAUCUGUGGACUUAAACUAGCCUGAGGGAAAUGGAACACAUGACCUUGGUAUCCUCUCAGAAUCUGUGACACCUUCAAAGUCUGCCUUUUUUUUUUUUUCCUUUCCUUCACUGGAUAAAUAAAAUAUGUGAACAAGCAGAA